AUGAUUCCAAUAACAUCAACCUUCGCGCUCCCUCUAACCCUUUACUACACCCUCCUCCAAGUCCGCGUAAUCUCAGCUCGAAUUUCCUCCAAACAAUCCCUGGCCCAAAGCUCUCCCCAGCCCGCCAUCAAAGGCGAUGACAAUGGAUCAGAAUCUCCGUCAGACCCUCUCCUAACAGCAACCCGCUGCCAAUCGAACUUUUCAGAAAAUGUCCCCUUGGCACUUCUCCUUGCGGGAUUCGUGGAAGCUAAUGGCGGGAACCGCAAAGCGUUAAUCACGGCAUUGGGGAUGUUGACUGUUGCGAGGGUGAUGCAUGUGGAAAUGGGGUUGAUGGUAGAGGGAGGGAAGCAUCCGCACACGGGAAUUGGGAGGCCGGUGGGGUUCUUCGGGACGGUGGGUGUUGUGGUUGGCUUGGCAGGGUAUGGAGCUUGGUUGGGAAGGGGCGUUUGGGGAUUCUGA